AUGGGGCCCGAGCUGAUAUGGACUUCCAUUUGGGCUCUGUGUUACGGCAUUGGUUUACUGCUCUUGAGCAUCUCAACCAUUGUGUUUUAUAGGCUGUUUCUUCACCCGCUUUCACGAGUCCCUGGCCCGAGACUUGCCGCCGUUUCCAACAUAUGGCAUGCGUAUCACGCUCGAAAUGGACGAAUGUUUGAACUGGGCCGGACUUUGCACCAGAAAUAUGGCGAAGUUGUGCGGAUUGGCCCUAAUGAACUGUGGUUUAACAGCCCAGAAGCUUUUGACAAGAUUUACAGUAGCACAAAGGGAUUCGAAAAGACGGAUUUUUAUUCUAUAGUGGCAACCAGCUUGAGUACGCCCAAGAUCGAUUGCUUCUUGCGGCCUCACUUUGCCGAUAGUUUGGAUCUACUUUCGGAGCGAGACAUGAAGCGCUACCGUCUUCAAAGACGAUUGAUAGGGCGGGUCUACCAAACGGCCAGUGUGAUCAAGUUCGAAGCAGCAGUCGACGAGGUUAUCAAGCAGGCGAUUGCCCGAUUGGAAGCCCUCGAUGGUGCUGAGAUAGACUUGAAGGAGUGGAUGCACAUCAUUGCCGUGGAAUGUCUUGGAGCUUCAGUCAUCUCGUGGUCCCCAGGGUUGCUUAAAGCGGGAACAGACUGGGGAUCCAGCGCUCAUAGUUACCUUGGCUGGAGAAGGAAGAGCGUCAUGGGACUUUUCCCAACUCUGACCAAAAUGACAAUGCGGUCGAACCUCUUUGAGUGGAUAUUCAGGGAUGUCUGGGACCUGAAGUACGUUGCUACGCCCAACUUCAGGUCCUUCUUUCCUGAUGUGGGGAAGCGAAUCUCUCGAAGAAUCAAAUCUACCUUGAAACCAAAUGCCCCUAAAGAUAACCGAGCAGAUCUGCUGGCGGAUCUCAUCCAGCUUCAUAAAGACAAACCAGAUUUCACCGAGAACUAUCUCAGGAAAAUGGCCGUGACCAAUUUUGGAGCGGGACAUGAGACAAUGGCAUCGACUUUGACAUCAAUUUUCACCAUGAUUGGAACACACGACGACGUGCAGAAAAGACUGCAAUAUACUCGCGCAGCAAUAAGAGAGGCUAUGCGCCUCCACCCGGUCCUGAGCAUGUCUCUUCCUCGCCGCGUUCCUGAUAUGGGCUCCCAUAUUCAUGGCUACUUCAUUCCGGGAGGCACGACAGUCGGGUGCAACCCCGUGGCGUUGCAUCGAAAUGCAAAUGUCGUGAUAGGACCAGAUCCAGAUGCCUACAACCCUGAUCGCUGGCUCGGUGGCGAGACUUUGGACAUUCGCCUCAUGGACCGAUAUAGUCUCAACUGGGGCGGCGGACCGAGGACUUGUCCGGGAAAGAACUUGGCCGAAAUGGUUGUAUAUAAAGUCGUAUCAGCCCUAUUCGAGCGAUUCGAUGUGGAGGUGGCAACACCGCCGGAAAUUGGGCAGCCGUCAUACUUCUUGUCAAUGAUUACGGGAGUCAAGGCCCGGUUCUCGUCUGUCGCUCCACAGAUGGCGGGGAAAGACUGUCUCUAG